CUAGGCUCUCGCCUCCAUGUUUUCCCCCCUCAAAGGUGGGGGAGGAGGAUCGGAAGGGGGGACGAGUUCCGCUUUGACUCCUUAACACUGCAUUGUGGAGAAUUUAGAGAAAAAGUGAAACUCACCUAUAGAAAUACCAUAAAGAAAGUAACGGACUGGGAAGCAGAGUCCAAGCGCUAGUGUUUAUGGGCUUUUCUGAAAAGUGCACUAAAAGUGCGUGUGGGACACUGUUCUGUUGUUAUCCGAAGGUGCACUGGAUAGCGAAUGCGAAUGUCUGUGGAUCAAGUUACAGUUCGCGGAGUUUUGGUGUGAAACGCGUUUUCGUGAUAACUGGGGAAAGCUGAUGAAACUGGGAGAAUGCGAAUUAACAUCCGAUUUAAGAAAUGCAUCUUAACCACUAAAAAAGGAAAAGUUUUGUGAGAAAGAAAGAAGUAAUGCACACGAAGGGGCGCCCAUCCACGCAGCCAUACGUACGAGGCUGGCCAAAGUUUCAAGCUGGAUUCUUGGAAGGCGUUAAAAUUCAUAAGAAGAUGCGGCUUCGUGUGUCUGCAAGUACACUUUAGAUAAGGAGCGAUAUUUUCGUUUGGGUGGAAGUGGAAACAAAUUGCUUGUUUUUUGUCAUCCCACUCCAUUUUAGCGAAGGGGGCCUUUCCUUUUUUGAAGAUAAAGUUUGGUAGAAGUUUGGAUUUUUUUUUCCAAGAUGUCCUCCCGAGGAUAUUCCUUUGUUGAAAGAUUCGGGAUGUUCUUUAUUUUCGAGGUUGUAUUUCUGAUCGUCCAUUUGGGAAUAGCCCAGGAAAACGACAGUGUAUUUUCAGAUGACUGCAAGAAGACCACAACUUGUGAAGUUUUAAAGUAUAAUACAUGCCUCGGCUCACCGCUGCCUUACACGUACACUUCUGUAAUCCUAGCCGAAGAUUCCAGUUCUCAGGAGGAUGCCUCCGAGAAGCUAGCAAUGUGGUCGGGUUUGAGAAAUGCGCCUCGCUGCUGGGAUGUCAUUCAGCCCCUGCUCUGCUCAGUCUAUAUGCCCAAAUGUGAGAAUGGAAAGGUAGAACUCCCCAGCAAGAGCUUAUGCCAAAUAACAAGACGUCCAUGUGCUAUUGUGGAACGAGAGAGAGGAUGGCCAGACUUUCUGAAGUGUUCAUCUUCCAAUUUUCCAGUUGGAUGUCAUACGGAAGUACAAAAUAUAAAAUUUAACAGCUCUGGCCAUUGUGAGGCUCCCCUCGUGAGGACUGAUAAUCCUAGCAGCUGGUAUGAAGAUGUCGAAGGCUGUGGUAUUCAGUGUCAGAACCCUUUGUUCACUAUGGAUGAACAUCAGGAUAUGCAUACAUACAUUGCCAUCUUUGGAUCUAUAACCAUAUUUUGUACCUUUUUUACAUUGGCCACAUUUCUAGUUGACUGGAAGAAUUCAAACCGUUAUCCUGCUGUUAUUGUAUUUUAUGUUAAUGCCUGUUUCUUCAUUGGAAGCAUUGGCUGGCUGGCCCAGUUCAUGGAUGGAGCCCGGAAUGAAAUUGUAUGUAAAGCAGAUGGGACAAUGAGACUAGGAGAACCAACGUCUACUGAAACCCUUUCCUGUGUAAUUAUCUUUGUAAUUGUGUACUACUCAUUAAUGUCUGGGGUCAUCUGGUUUGUCAUGUUGACUUAUUCAUGGCAUACAUUUUUCAAAGCACUUGGUACAACUUACCAACCCCUGUCUGGAAAAACAUCUUACUUCCAUCUUGUGACAUGGUCCAUCCCUUUUGUGCUUACAGUGGCAAUACUAGCAAUAGCUCAGGUUGAUGGAGACUCUGUUAGUGGAAUCUGCUUUGUUGGAUAUAAGAACUACCGCUACAGAGCAGGCUUUGUUUUGGCACCAAUUGGUCUUGUGUUGAUGGUUGGGGGCUACUUUCUUAUACGAGGUGUUAUGACACUCUUCUCCAUUAAAAGUAACCAUCCUGGGCUAUUAAGUGAAAAGGCUGCUAGCAAAAUUACAGAAACAAUGGUCCGACUAGGUGUAUUUGGUUUUCUUGCCUUCGGCUUUGUUUUUAUCACUUUUGGCUGCCAUUUUUAUGAUUUUUUUAACCAAGCAGAAUGGGAAAGAAGUUUUAGAGAUUAUGUCUUGUGUGAAGCAAAUGUCACUAUAGCUGUUCAGUUUAAGAAGCCAAUUCCUGAUUGCACAAUCAAGAACAGGCCCAGCCUUCUGGUGGAGAAGAUAAACCUUUUUGCUAUGUUUGGUACAGGCAUCUCUAUGAGCACAUGGGUGUGGACUAAAGCUACUAUACUAAUAUGGAAACGAACCUGGUGCAGAAUUAUUGGUCGUAGUGAUGAUGAGCCUAAAAGGAUUAAGAAGAGUAAAAUGAUUGCUAAGGCUUUUGCCAAGCGUAAAGAGUUACUGAAUCACCCAGAGAAGGAGCUUUCAUUCAGCGUACAAACUGUCUCCCAUGACUGCCCUGUCGCUGGAUUGAACUUGGAAAUGAAUGAGCCAUCUCUAGAAAUGUCAUCUGCCUGGGCUCAACAUGUACCCAAAAUGGUUGCUCGGCGAGGGGCCAUUUUGCCUCAGGAUAUCUCAGUUACAGUUUCAGGAACACCUGUGCCACCAGAGGACAAUAAAGACAUGUGGAUUGUGGAAGCAGAGAUUCCUCCUGAUCCUCACAAGAGGAAAAAGAAAAAGCGAAGGAGGAAACAGGAUGCUCGUCCUGUUGGAUGUGUAGAAGAAAAGGCCUAUAAUACACAUCAGGCUUCUAGUAAAAUCCCUCGUCUUCCAAGACUGCCAGGACAGACUAACCUUGUAGCCCAUCCCUGUGAAGUGCUAGCCUCAGAAGACACUCUUCCUGGUUCCUUCCCAGAGUAUCAGUCUGCACUUCCUCCUCCUUAUGCAGAAAUGGCACCCAACCAGGUCUUCAGCAGCUACUAUGACUGCAGACAACACAGAACUGUAAAUACACUAUCUGAUAAGGAUCCCAGAUUUGUUAACAGCAGUUGUUUUCAAAAUACUCAAAAGCAGUACAGUAGGAUGUUUCAACCUUAUCCUAAGGAUUUAGGGCCAGCCAUCUUACCUGUGGGGGCAAACUCUCACAUGCCAAGAACUCAAGGGAGAAGAACUGGUCUUGCACCAAUUCAUUCAAGGACUAAUCUAAUGGAUGCUGAAUUAAUGGAUGCAGACUCUGACUUCUGAGUUUCGUAGGUUUAUAUGUAAGCAGAAAGAGCUAGAUGGUUUUAAUCCUCUAUUCUAAUUUACAAAAGAAAAAAAAAGAAAUAGUAACUUUAAUAAGGCCAGUACAAUUAAUGGAAUGUGUUUUCCGUUUAUAUUAAAAAUUUGCCAAAAUUUUACCUUAAAAGAAAGACUGCAAAAGCUGUAUUGCAUUUUAUAACACAUUGGUUAAUAUUCAUGAAUUGAAAUUACUGAGAUGAACUAAAUUUAAAAUGUAAACUUCUACCCCCUCAUUUAUUAUUUUACAUAAUCAGAAGUGGUUCAGAAGGAGAAAACAGUAGCAAGUGCAAGUCAGUCUUCUGAAAUAUGUGACUUUUGUUUGCACUAUUACUCUGGAAAGGCAAAAUAGUGCUAAUUAAUAGGCAUUUUGAGGUUGUGAAUGUAAGCUUGCUUUUUUAUCAUCUACUCAUGUAAUAUUUCACUCUUCUAGUGGAAAAUCAGCACUAUCUAACCUCCAUCAGUGUUAAUCUCACAGUAUAUGACUUUUUUAUAGUCAUCACUUUUACAAAGUGCUUUUAAAUGUACCAAGAACAAAGCUCAAAGUGUUUUAUAUGAAAAUGUCUCAUUUUCCUUUAAAUGUAUAUGUAAAUUUAGAGAGUAAUCUAAAAAGGUUUUAAAAUCAUCAUUCUUUUUAAAAAGAGAACAAAACUUGAUAAAUAAUUCAAUCUAAGAGUUUAUAUCUUCAAAGUGUGCAGAACUAUAUUUCAGAAAAGAUGGAAUAGUAAUGUACAGUUUCCAGGAGAGUGAGUGCGAUUACAGUGUAUUGUCUUGAAGCUGUCUACCCCACCUCAGCUUUUUUGCUGUGAAAAUAUGUGAUAUUUAGUGUUAAUAUUAGUGUGACAUUUAUUUAUAUCUCUUUUAUGUAAGUUUGAUCUGGUCCAGGGUUGGGAAUGGUCAUUUAUUUUGAUUUGUAGUUAAGGCACAAAAGAGCAAUAGCUCUGAUGUUAUUGGGUUGUUUUUUUUAAUUAUAUGAUUCAUUGGAUAAACUUAAUCCAUAAAAAAAAUUGUGCACGAGUUAAUUGAGAAAUUUAAAAAAAUGACAAAUGUAAUUCUAAACUUAAUUCAUUAUGGUUAAUCUAACAUUAGCCAAAAUACUUACUCUGACUGAAGUGUUGUCAUUUGAUUCAACUUGUUUUCAUUGUUCAAUCUUGAAACUGUUUGGUUUAAUGUAAUUACUACAGUUUAACCAAACACAAUUAGUAUCUUCUGAUGUCAUACUCAUUGAUGAUGUAGCAGUUUCUCAGACAUCUAGAUUGUGGUUUUGUAAAACAAUUUAGAUUUGUUAAACCUCACUGCUCACUGCACAGUAAACAAAAGGUAUGUAAUCUUGAGAUGCAAGAUUUGUGACAGGUCUGCCAGUUUACUUAAGAUAAACUAGCUCAAUUUCACUUCCCCAAAUCCCAAAAUUGAUAUGUAAGCUUACAAACAUAUUCAGUUUGGGUUAAAAACAAGUUAAGGUACUUAUAUAAUGCCAAUAUAUCCUAAGAUUCAUCUUUUAAGGCUUUAGUACUAGGGUGUUGUACUGUGUUAGCCAUUAUGGAUGUAAUGAGAAGUCAAGCUAAAUGACACCAUUUAUUGGCUAAUUAAAAAGAUUACAAUAUGCAAAGGCCUCAGUGGCCUUGAAAGCUUACAUAUUGUAAUCUUUUUAAUUAGCCAAUAAAAGGUGUAAUUUUGCUUGACUUCUGAUUACUUUUAAGGCUUAAACCACAUUAAAUAAGUAAACCUAAGGUAACUGGGGUGAUGGCAACAUAUCCCUAAAAUCUCUUCUUUGUAAUGAAAUCCAUGUGUGUUUUUUAUACUUGAGUUAAAACGUGUAAUUUAAGACUCAAAUUUAUGUUAGGGGAUGUUGGCUGGUUUAAUUAUGUCAGAUAAGAAAAAGAUAAAGAAAGUCUUAACAUUUUCAGUAUGAUUAAGGUCAACUUACAUUAGCGGUAUAAUGGCAACAUAACUCAAUAAUCAUUUUUUGAGUAUAUAUGUAAAAGGGUACAAAAAAGAACAUACUUAAAAAGAAGCACUGGUUUCUAAGACUUAGACGUAAUACUCUUUUCCUGAAAGAUUUUAGUGGAAGGGUUUUUUUUUUAUGAAAACAAUCUUUGAUGCAUUAAGAAUAUAAUGUCUAAGAAACUGUUUAUGGUUAUUUUUGUUUGCUGUUUUUGAAAUUCCAGCAAUGUCAUCUCUUAAAGUUAUGGGUUAUUUUCCAUAUGCUUAACUCACUUCUGUGAUGACAUAAUCACAAAAUUUGCUUGCAUUAUACAUUUUUAAAAUUAUUGAUACCUCAAAAGGACAUUUAUUUGAAACUUCUAUUUAUUGGAAUUUAAUAUGAAACAGAAAAAGGGAAUUUUAUCUUAUGAGACUUGUUAAUGCUAUCCUCAGUUGUUUAUACAUUUAAACAAAUACCCAUUAUACACAUUUUACUUCAGUUGUGAUAUUUACAUUUGUUUGGUAAUCAUUUUAACAUAGUGCUACACAGAAAAAAAAUUCAGUGCAAGCAUUAUUCAAAUAAAGACCUUUAAUUGUAGAAAACCAAAUAACUAAAACUUUAACGGCAUUGCCCUUUAAGAAAUUAGCUUGGAAUGUAAGUGAUUUAACAAUUAUGCUAAAACAAAUCCUAAUUUGUAUUCAUUUGCCUUUGGUAUCUCACUAGAUUGUAAAUGUAAAAAAUUCUUGACUUGCAUGAAAGCUGUUCUCUGACUUUGCUUGGAUUAGUAUCUGUAUACUCCAUUUAUCUUCUUGCCCCGUUAAUCCUUUAAUACAAGCAAAUUAAGCAAAUGAAUCUUUAUUUUGAUUUCAAAGCUGACCAUCACUUAAAGGGACAGAACACCGUCUAUGUAACUUUCUAUAGCCAGAUGUAAACCUGUUUUAUCUUAUGUUUAAUAGAAUUUGAUGUUGUAGUUGGGGGGAAAAAAAUACUAAACCUAAACCAACCUUUGUAUUUAUCUCUAUAGUGUCUUUAAUCUUAUUGUUGUAUCCAUAAAACUAUGUUUUUAUCCAUUUUCAUUGUAAUGGCUAGCAAAUACAAUAACUUCCUUUUAAUUAUUUAUAAAUGAUUUGAGUUGACUGAUAAGAAGGCUGUAAUCUUAUCAACUAUAGUUACUUCUUUAAAGAUUAAUGUCAGGACUGUUUUCUUUUUUCACUAUAAAACAGGAUCUGAAACAUCAUUUCUAAUUUGAAAGAUAAGUUUUUGUUUUUUUUAAAUGUUAAACUUAUGUAGACCCCAUUGUUUUACUUUUAUGUAGAAUUUUUAGACAUAAGUUUUAGAACCACUUUUUGAACAAAAGUAAGAGUGAAUCUAAAUGUAAUACAAAAUAUGAAAAAUAAAUUUAAUUGGGAACUUGAUUUGAGAAUUUAGAAAAAGUAGCUAGCAAAAAAGGAUAUGUGAUAUUUGCGUGUAUGCGCUGUGUCUCAGUUUUAUUUUUUGAGUAUUACUUUGAGAUAUCAGUACAUCUUCAGUUUAUGAUGGUGAGUUUGCAGAGUUUUCUUUUUAGUUUUACAAUUUUGGUUGAGAUAUUAUUGAAAACACACUGGUUCGUAAAACAAUUCAACUGAAUGAUGGUGAUUAUUUUUCCCACUUCUUUCAUGAUCUUAGCAUCAUAAGAUGUCGCCAUCAACAUGAAAUGUUUCUUUGGUGAACAGUCCAGGAAAAGACUAAAACUGAAUAAUAAAAGCAAAGAAGCUAGUCAAUUUAUGGAAAAGUAGUAAUUCACAUAUAAGCCAAUGUUUUUCUGAUAUUCAGAUUUCAGAGAUGAGAUUUGGACAUUUAUCCAAUUGUGGUGGUCACCCAAGAAAAAAUAAAAGUUGUUUUGUAGAAUUUGAGCUUGUAAAGUAUGUUGUUUUCAUCAAAGGUGAAACAGUAUAUCAUUUGCAAUGAGUACUUUUUCAUGUGUUAACCUAUUGUUAUCAUAGUGAAAUCAUUUCACUUUCAAUAAAGUAUUUUAGCUUCCAGUUAAGGAAAACAAGAGAUUAAAGCAGCUUUAAAACAAUAAACCUUUUAAUCUUUUGUGUUAAGAUGUUAGCUUUUUUGUUACAUUAUGAAAUAAGAUAUUUCACCUAUAAAGAAUUUUAGAGAAAGGAAUAUUUUCAUGUUGGUAUUGUCCUUUUAAAUUCUUGUAUGUUUGUGAAUACGUUUCUGUGCAUCUGUAAAAAUGUAUAUAAAAUACUAUAUGUGUGUGUACACCGUAUAUAAGCAUUUUCUAAAUCCAUACAUAUGAUUAGGUCAUUUUUUUUACUCUGAAAUAUAGUUUUUGAUGUACUGUUGACUGAGUGUUCAGUUGUGUGAAAAAAUGUAGAAGUUAGUUUUAAGUUUAAUAUGUUUGUAUCCAGUUUAGAUUAUAAUUUUCUUUCAGCCAUAUAAAACUCUAUAUUAAUGCAGCAAGUAUGGUACCAGUGAAGAACACUUUGCUCUGUCUGCAAUGUCCACAUGCCUAUGGUUAAGCAGUUUUCCUGAAAAUGCAUGUUACUAUAGAGAAGAGUAAGUGCAUAUCUGACAGUAUGUGGAGUGACAUAGUUCAGAAAUUAUAUAUAUAAAAAAGCAAACAAUUACUCCCAAUAUGGCAAUAGUACUUUUUCUGUUACAAAGUGCUAAUCAAAACAAGUGAAACACUUCGACAUUUUAUGAAAUUUCCAAGCAUUGCUAAGCUAAAAUUUAUGGAAAUCUCACACAACCCCAUAAUUGUGUGCUACAAGUCUGAUAAAGAAGCCCCAUUUCUUUCAUGUUUUUUUUUGGGUGAUCUGCUUUUAUCAUACAGUUCAAGUAAGCCAUAUUGUUGCAGGGACAGUAACUAUUGAAAUGAUUGUAAUGUCUCAAAUGGUGAAAUGGUUAUCUUUUCUACUUCAGUUGUUGAACUGCUGAUACAACAGAAGAAUUUGGGGUGCUGUAUGUAUAUGCAAUUAUUCAUAGAGAUCUGAUUAUGCGAGGCUUGAUGGUUCUGGUUGUAGCAGAAUUUUUAAAAUGUAUACCAAAGUAGCUGCUAUUCCAGAUACUGUUGAACCAUAGCAUGUGUGAAUAUGAGGUUAAUAUAUUCAUAUGGAUUUAAAGCUUUUAUAUAAACAUUUAAAAUAUAGAUUAGAAAAUGUUGUCUUUGGCAUAUGGAUUGUGUCACAGUAUGUUCACACAUUAACUUGGACAACAUGCUAAUAAUGCUCUAAGGUAACAUUAAUGAGGAUCCUGCUAAAGACAGAUAAAAUACUGUGCAUUUAUUUGAGUGACUUUAACAAAUUCCACAGUAAUUUACUCCUUUCUAUAGCAUAUCGGGUUCAUCACUCUGUGUCUAUUUUUCCUGCUACAAAGUAUUAUGUUGCUUUUUGUUCUUUUGUGAAUGUAAAUUUGAUUUACAGUUCCGGUUUAUAGCCAUCAUUGUCUGCAUAUUUACAACAUUAAAGUUUGCCGAAAGUUUCAAACUAUUUCUAAAACUUUAUUACUUGUAAAAUUUCCUUUACAUUAAUAUACAGGAAUGAAAAAAGUAAGCUGAAGUAUUAAAUAUAGGCUAGAAACAGCUUAGCAGAAAAUAUUUCAACUGAAAAAUAUUGAAUUGUAAUUCUUUUUAUAUUUUACAGUAGAAUAGGACUUUCAAAGUAAAUUUAUAUUAAUAUGUUUGCAGAACUUUAUAGAAUGAGAUUUAUUGCAGGCGUUCAACAAAACAAAAUAAAAAUCUUAAGAAUUCAUGCAGGCUAUGCUGAUUCCCUAUAUUUCAUUUUAGCAACUUUCCUUUAAUUUGGGUACUAGGGUGUUGUACCGUGUUAGCCAUUAUGAAUGUAGUGAGAAGUCAAGCAAACUGACACCUUUUAUUGGCUAACUAAAAAGAUUACAAUAUGCAAGCUUUCAAGGCAAGAAGGGGCCUGAGUUGCCUCGAAAGCUUGCAUAUUGUAAUCUUUUUAGUUAACCAAUAAAAUGUGUCAUUUUGCUUGACUUCUCACUACUUUUAUUUGGGUGAAAACUAUCCGGUUAACAUGAAUACAAAUACUAAAAUGUAUAAACAGCCUUAUUAAGGUUAACAAAGGGAAAUCAGAAAAUUUAAUUUUAGAAAAAGGAUCAUGUAAAGGUUAUCAUAUACAGUAUUCUAAAUAUCUCCUUCACCAUGAUGGUACUUAUGACAAUCACAUAUAGAGAGCAGGAACUUUAAUGGUACUUUUGCUGAAAAUAAAAAGGAAUUAUUUGAAUUAUGUAUUAUACUGUGGAUAACUGAAAAAAAGGCAAUUGUUAUGAACUAACUAGAAUAUUCUUGCUUCUGACUUUUUUUUUCAAAUUAAAGGUCUUUAAAAGAUUUUUUAAUAUCACUUUAUGAAAAGUAUUGUGACAAAAUAUCACUUUGUACUUGCUUCUUUUUUACUUUUACUUUUCUCCAAAAGAAUUUUCAUUUUUUGUGCUUACAUUAUGAAAAUAGUUCAUUUUGGUUUUUUUAAACAAAAUGUAUUUAUGCUAUUGUAUGAAACUGAUUCAUUUUAAAAGAGAAUUUAUAUUUAUUUAACAGGGUCUUUUUUUAAACUGGCCUUACAAUGUUUGGUUUUAAAUGAUUCGGCAGGCUUUUCGCAUUAUUUUAAAUCUGUGAGUGUGUAUGUGUGUGUGUGUGUGUGUGUACAUAUAUAUAUAUAUAUAUAUAUA